AUGAGCUGUUUUUCUAAUCCUGUUGUCGGUAAAUGUAUGACAAUGUGUCCUGAGAGUGAGAUCCAUUUCCGACAGAGUCAUAACAUGGUCCAUCCGAUGGAAAAGUUCAGAAGACAUGACUCAAGGUGUCCUAAAGACGAUGUGCAUAGGAUGGUUAAGGAGUACACGCGUUCAGCUGCUGGUUCUAAUCAUCGUCAACCCGACCUGCUGCGUCCGCCUGAUGUUCUUCUGAAAACAGUUCGCUACUUGUUGAACUUAUACAAAGCGGAAAAAGCUUCACAAUACAGCAUAGUGUUCUCAUUUGUUUGUGAUCGCUUAAGAGCAGUUCGACAGGACAUGAUCCUUCAGCAUUGCUCCGCAUUGGAUUCAUCACGUAUUCUUCAGGAGAUGAUUCCUUUCUACUUCGAUACUGACUACGUUUGCAGGAGAAGAAACUGUGACACUUAUGACUGGAAACUGCAUUCAACUCAACUUGAAGAGUGCCUUUCUAAAUGGAUCGAGACGGUAGCUACUAUUCCACGUCAUUUCGUGGACACUCGACUCAUAUGCUCUUACAUUUUGUAUAAUAUCCCGAACUAUUCUGCUUUACUGGAUCUCUACAACUGGAGGGAAUUCCUCGACAAUGGAACAUUCGACGUACUGCGCGACAUCAUCCUAGCUUUCCGCUUGAAUAACUACGUCCGAUUCUUCCGACGUCUCCACGAACUUCCUUCAGAUUCCAUCGUUGUUGCUGCCGUGCAAGCCGUUCAGAUUCUUCGACGUCGUGCCCUUCAUGUCAUAACCAUGGCCUAUAAGUCUCCUAAUAACAAGUUACCGGUAACUGCUAUAAGUAAAUGGCUUUAUCAUGAUCAUGUUUCUGACUUGCUCAGAUGUUUCUCUGUUCCUUGUUCAGAUCUCAUUCUAGUUUCAUCUAUAAAUAUGAACGAUAGUGAUGAUUCCUAUAGGCUUCUUGCUGAAAUUGACUGA